UCAUGCUGCCAAGCUGUAUCGCCAAGAUGCAUCCUGUCGGCACUCGAGUCAAAAAUGGAUUGCGGCUCAACCGCAGCCUGAACCAUCUACAACGCUACUGCGCAUUAGAAAACUCUCUACAGUACCAUGAGAUUAGGCAGCCCUCUUUCUGGACUAAUUUGGGGCGGAGGCAAAAGCCAUAUUGUUAAAUAGGUCCUUGAUAGCCACUCUUGGGUUUCGCGCGUAGUCACUCUUCUCGAUCGUAACUAGGUAUCUAGUACCAGAAAUAUCAUGAGGUCUACGCUCGUGCUGUCAGCCGGUCUCCUGGCAUAUUCGGCCAAGGCCGUUGUCCUGAAUGAACGGGCUGUACCAGCUGUGGUCAGCUUCGAUGUCGAGCGGAGCAUCAUUGAAGACCCAGUGCGACGAGAACAGAUGCGCAAGAAGAGAGACAAUACUGUCGGUAUUGACAUCGUGAAUCCUCAAGAUCUUAGCAUCUACUGGAUCAACGGCACAUUCGGAACCCCUGAACAGUCAAUUACUCUCGCCCUUGACACUGGCAGCAGUGACACCUGGGUGAAUGUCGCCACUUCAGGCUUCUGUUCACAAGACUCUGAGCCAUGUAAGCCGUUUGGCACUUAUGACCACAGCAAAUCGUCUACAUACAAAUUUCUUGACCAUAAUCUCGACAAUACCUAUGGCGACGGCACCAGAGCGAAAGGAGACUACGUUACCGAUACUAUGAAGUUUGGAGGAGCCACUCUGAAAGACUUCCAGUUUGGCGUUGCAUACCAGUCAGGAGCUAACAAAGGAAUUUUGGGCAUUGGCUACUCUGCCCUCGCUGGUGGCGGCCGCGAUAUGUACAAUAACUUCCCCGUUGCCUUGGUGGAUGCAGGCUAUAUCAAGUCGCCCGCUUUCAGCUUGUACCUCAACCAGCUCCACGCUUCCAAGGGACAGGUGCUAUUCGGCGGUGUCGAUACAUCCAAGUAUAUCGGCGAGCUUCAGUCGGUGCCCAUGAUCUCAACCUACGGUCAGCAUUACAGUUUGCAGAUCGCUCUUACGAGUCUGUCACUCCAAAAGGGUGACAAGAAGGCAUCCAGCUACAGUUCCUCUGAGUUUCCUUUGGUGACAACCCUGGACUGCGGCAGUACUUUCAUUAUCCUUCCCGAUUCCCUGGCGAAAGAUAUCUACGAUGACUUGGACGUCAAGUACAACUCUACCGCAAACUGGGGUCUUCUGCCAUGCAGCAUGAAGAACAAGGAUUGGAACUUGACUUACUCCUUUUCUGGCAUCGAGAUCAAUGUCCCCAUCAGUGAGCUCGUCCUGGACCCAGUUGCCUACGACGGUGACGUGGUUCAGUGCCUCUUCGGAAUCACAUCUGGAGGUGAUGAUACAGUGCUCAUGGGUGACCCGUUCUUGCGCAACGCCUACGCUGUUUUCGAUCUCGCCAACAACGAGAUCUCACUUGCCCAGGCCAACUUUAACCCAGGAAAAGAGCACAUCCUUGAGAUUGGUACCGGCAAGGACGCUGUUCCAGGAGCGACCCAGGUCGAAUCCGCAGUGACUAGCGUCAUCAACUCUGCAGCUGCUGCUGCCACCACCGUUAUUGGGCCGGUGGAAACUGAAGGUCCAGUCUCUACCAUAACCUCCGGCGCGACUACGGGAUCUACCUCUUCUUCUGCCGCGACAUCGACAUCGAAGGGCUUGGCUGCUCUGCCAACCAGCGAUUCCAGACACCUCCUCGCAGGAAUUGCCGGUGCUGUUGGCCUCGCGAUGGCGCUGUGAUGAUACCCAUGUUAUGAUUCAGAUUCGCCUUGCUUUUUUUAGUAAAGAGCAUACAUAUAGCUAAUAGACGAGAAAUAUAAUUUCCCAUUGUAUAUACUAUUCUUUCGAGGCUUCAUCCUCUAUUUAGAACUUCAGGGUCAGUGACCACCAUCAUCAAAGCAUUUUGUGGAAGGUUUAGUUCUCAGUAACUACAUCCUCGUUCUUAU